AUGGCUUCUCUCCUCCGUCUCCCCAUCGCCGCCGCCGUAAUCUUCCUCUUCGCUCUCUCCGCCGCCACCGUCUCCGCCCGCCCUUGCCGUACCUUCAUCAUCUCCUCCUACUCCUUCCGCAACCCUUCCUCCAACACCUUCGCCACCAUCACCGAGAUCCGAUCCAUCUCCCCUCUCUUCCCCAACGACAAACCCUACGGAAUCUUCCUGGAUCGCCCGAUCCAACACCAGAACCUGGAAACCAACUCUCGCGCGUCGCAUCCACGCGGCCCUCUAGGGUUUUCAACCGACGCCGAUUUCUCUUCCAUCCGCGAUCGUACUAAGGAUAUCCUCAGCGUUGCACUCGCCUUGCUUUUCGGAGUUGGAUGUGGUGCCCUCACCGCCGCCACCAUGUACUUGGUCUGGUCCGUCUUCACCGCCCGCCAUGAAUUCCAUUCUGCCGUUUACGGUGAUUUCUCCGACGACGAGAUUGAGAGUCCUAAGAAAGCUGGAUACGUCAAGAUUCCGGCGGCUGAAGUUGCUGCUGCUGCCCCCGCACCACCGGCUAAGGAAUCGGUCAGGUGA